GUCACUUUGAGGCGAGUGAUUCGACAAAAUGCUUCUGAAAGCAAGCUUUGCAGUUUUGUGUGCCUUGUCACUUUUGAAUUGGACCAAUGGUUUUAGUUAUGAAGGGUAUAAAGUAUAUGAAAUUGUUGCCCAUGAUAUGACCGAAGUCCACUUCUUGAGAGAACUGGAGAAACAGGAUGGUCUCGAUUUCAUCAAGAAAGCUCAUCAUCUCGAUGAUCCAAACGAUAUUGUUGUAGCUCCAAAGGACCAGGAGAAUUUUGAAAAAAUCUUGAAAGGCAAUGGUCUGGAGUACAAAAUUAUCGUACAAAAUGUCGAAGAGAUUAUGGAAGCUGAGAGGAAAGCAACUAUUAAGCCUUUCAUUGGAUUGGGACACGUUACGUUUAGAAGUUACAUGUUUCAUCAUGAAAUGAACGCUUACCUAAGAAGAGUAGCUGCUCAGUAUCCCAACAUAGCAACACUAGAACAUUUUGGAACAUCUUAUGAAGGAAGAGAAAUGCUACUUAUCAGAGUAUCCAGUGGUCCCAGUUCAAAUCCAGAUGUUCCAAAACCAACCAUAUUCAUUGACGCAGGUAUCCACGCCAGAGAAUGGAUUGCUCCUCCAGCAGCUCUCUACAUUAUUCAACAGUUAGUCGAGAACCCCGAAAACGCAGCAUUGUACGAAAAUGUAGAUUGGGCUAUUAUUCCUUGUUUGAACCCAGACGGCUACCAAUAUACUCAGGAAGAGGAUAGAUGGUGGAGAAAAACACGCAGCAUCAACGCAAACAGCACCUGCAUUGGUACCGACGGCAACAGAAACUUCGACUAUUACUGGAUGCACUUAGGAGCUUCAAAUUCCCCAUGUUCUGACAUUUUUGCUGGACCGGAAGCAUUCUCAGAACCGGAAACAGCUGCUUUGAGAGACUGGUUCCUCACUAACAACGCUAACAACGUUGUCAAACUGUACAUCACUUUCCAUAGCUACGGCAGCAUGCUACUCUAUCCUUGGGGUUACGAUCGCAUAGUGCCUGAUGACGAGGAAGAUCUACUACAACUUGGGAAUUUGGUAGCAGAAGCAAUAUACAACGCCAACACGUUGAGAUCUGAAUACAUAGUCAAUACGUCAGCACUGGCCUUGUAUGAAGCUGCUGGAGGUAGUGAUGAUUGGGUUAAAGCAGUUGGUGGAGUUGACUUGUCAUACACCAUCGAACUACCAUAUGGAGAUUCACCGUUGCCUUUUAUGAAUCCUGCAUAUCAAAUUCUACCUACCGUUCAAGAGACGUGGGCUGGUAUAAUAGCAUUCCACGACUUUAUAGAAGAAAGAUUCUGGACAAAUUUAACUACCAUAUUACCAUCAAUCAGAAGGCAAAGUUAACUAAAAUUUAUUUUAAAGAACCUUAUACUUAGUAUGUGAUAUAUUAGAAAAAUAAUUCUUAAUUUACUUGUUUCUACAUUGUUUUGUUAUUAUCUAAUUAAGUUUCUUUUUCUAAAUAAACUCUAUGUAUAAAAAUAUUA